UUCUCAUAAUGGCAUGUCAAUGCGUCGCCGACGCAUUAGAAAUCAUCGAAACCGUUCAAGACAAAAUAAUCAAACAAUAACACCUCAAAUUCACCAUCUUCAACCUCCACCGCCUUUCUUUAUCCAUCAUCCACCAAUCUUCAACCAAAAUCCCUUAGCGCAAAAUACUUCUGGCACCGGAGUUUUCCUUCCCAAUUCUGGAUUAUAUUCUUCAAUCAAUCAACAUAACCAUUCUCAACGUAUUUAUCACCAAUCCAGCACCAUUCCAAUUCCAGCUCCGGCUCCAUUAAUGACCAACCAUCAACAAAAUCCUUCAUUCCUCAACGUCCAUCAACUUCCUUCAAUUUAUCAACCAAAUUACCCUCAAUUAAGACAACAUUCUGGAAUUCGUUUUCAUUCUCAAUUAAACCCUUAUGCUAAAGAAUAUAUUCCUAUAAAAUACCAGAAUAUAUACAAAAACCCUCAUUUUAACCCUUAUCAACCGGAAACCUCAACUUUUCAUCAAAAUGGUAGUAAUUAA